AGUCUCAUGACCGGUCAUGGGCCUAGCACGAGUGAGCCGUCAACCGGCUUCCUUGUAUGUUCUCGAUAGACAUGCGUACGAUUCUCUUCUCGAUGAAACUUAAUCGCUACAUGUUCAUUUAGAACAAUUUUAUAAAACUUAAUUUAUUAAAUUUAACAAUUAAACCAUGUAUUUUUCAAAUUUUCUUAAUAUAAUUGUACUGUGCUCACUGCUCUCGGCCACCUUCAUACCAAAUAUUGGAGGUUCGGAAGAUGGCAAGAAAUCGAAGAGCGCCAGAGCAUUGGAGACGCAAGACGCCGGAGGAGACGACGAUACUGGCGGUUUGGACCAAAGAGAUAGACUCGAGGACGAUGACGAGGAAACAACCAAAGUACCGCCGGGAUUUCUGAGUCCGUCCGUGAGGGAAUACUUGGAACUAGGAAGGUCGAUUCCAGGCAAACCAGGCACGGACUACCCGGUACUGGCCGUGGUACCAUACACAGACUUCUAUUGCGACGACCAACCGUACCCAGGCUUCUUCGCGGACGUGGACACCAGGUGCCAGGCAUGGCACUACUGUGACAUCGACGGCCGGCAGGCGUCGUUCCUGUGCCCGAACGGAACGCAGUUCAGUCAGGCCGUGUUCGUGUGCGACUGGUGGUUUAACGUGCGAUGCGACCUCAGCAAGGAACUGUACCACAUCAACGAGCGGCUGUACCGGACCACACCGCGACCGGAUAGGCCCCACAGAGUUCUCACCAAGGAGCUGCUCGACCAGAUAUUCCUCUGAUCGGACACUACAAGAUUUAUAUCCACAUCAUAACAGUGUUUAACGCCUUUACACACACACACACACACACACACACACACACACACACACACACACACAUGUAUAGGAUUUAUGAUUCAUACUUUUUAAAUACGAUGUAACAAGACGUCAGAGGCAGUUCGGUUGAUAUGUAAACAAGGUGUAUCUGAAGGGUAUAAGGCAAAUUUAAAUGUAAUUUUCUUAGGGUAAAAUUGGUAAAUUCUUCAGAUGCACCUCUCUCCCACCCCUUCCAUAUAUACAUCGCACGCAAAGCGACGUCUCGUCUCCUCUCUUUCUCUCUUUCGGGAAUAUCAAUAUUAAUUAUCGCACUUAAAUAAUAUAACAGUUUUUAUAUGCCCAUAAAAAAUGUUCCAACAAUAACUCAAACUAGAAAAAAAUCAAACGGUUUAAAUAAAUAAGCGCAUAAACGAUCAAUUUAGUUUUUGCUCUCGAAAGAUUUUGAAACCUAUACAAUAUAAAUCAAGUAAACUUUAGAAAGUGACCAUGGUGCCUGCGGCUUGUACAACAACCUGUCAACAGAACGUCCACUGCCACCGCGAACAUAUCAUAUUAUAAUAUCGUCAAGUCGACAAGACCUUUGUACAUUCAUAUUUUCUAGAAUUCCGCUUACGCCCACGGCGAUAGCAUUUUUACAGCCCGCGAACGUCACACGACUAAAAA